ACCUGAAUCUCACCGUGCUUACGAGAUUUUCCUUUUAAUACCGUUACUGAUCCAUCCAUUGGUGGGAAAAAUCUAAGAAAUCACUAUCAAAAACUGCAUCGCUUCCCGCCAACGCAAAAUAACAAAAGCACUUACCAGCUGUAAUCGAGAGCCGGUAUCCAAACUAUGAAGCAAUGGAUACGUGUUUCAGAUCCACAGCAUCUGUUUUCUCUUUAGGUAUCCCUUCUAGGCAUCUAUAAUCCAUUCUCUUAUCAUCUCCAUUUGAUCCACUCAACCGUGAGGAACGCCAGGAGAAAUCAUCGAUGGAGUUGGAAUUGGGACUCAAAAUCACCAGAACCAGAGAUGAUCUCACCUCUGAACUCCGAAUAGCAAAAGACCGGGCCGGUCCUCUCUUCCUGUCUAGAGAAUCAGAGACCAUGUUCGUCCUCACUGUUCACCUCAAAGGCUUCAAGCGAGAAAGAAUCAAGAUCGUGAUAAAUGAAGACGGAAAUCAAAUAGCAAUAGGCGGAGAGAAGCCCAUCCAGGAGAUGGUGAUGGUGAAAUGGAUAAUGUAUAACAAGGAACCAGAGAUCAGAGAAUUCCGCAAGGUCUUCUGGAUUCCUGAUGGCGUCAUUCUGGAUCGAAUCAAGGCGAAAUUCAACGAUGACGACUCAAUUUUAACAAUUGUCAUGCCGAAGAAGAGCAGAGGAAUGCGAGGGAUUGAAAUUGAGGAAGUUAAGCAACAACAAUUUGAUGGCGAGACAUCUGAAAGAGAUGAUGUUCAAGAGGAGGUUAAGGUAGAAACAGUAGAACCACCUAAACCAGAGGAGAUUAAGGUAGAAAUAAAAGAAGAACCUAAACCAGAGGAAGUUAAGGUAGCAACAGAAGAAGAACCUAAACCAGAGGAGGUUAAGGUAGCAACAGAAGAAGAACCUAAACCAAUAACCAGAGAAGAAGAAUCAUCAGAACUUACCUCACCAGAGAUCGUAGAAGUUCCUGCUACAACAAUACCUGAUCAUAGAGAAGAGAUCAUAAAACCAGAGGAACUCGCUCCAGAUACUACAGAACUUCCUGAAGAGCUGCCACGUGAAGAGCUUCCUAUAGUACAACCAGAAGAGACCGAGGAACACGAAAUUCCUGAAGCCAAGGCACCAGAAUGUGAACCGCAUGAACACGAUCUCGCUCCAGAUACUACAGAACCGGAACAAGGACUUCAUGAACCACAAUCUCCAGAGGUGCCUCCAACUCAACAAAUUGCAAAUGAAGAGCUUCCUCAAGAAGAAAUACCUCAAGUCGCUGCCGAAGAACCGAAGCCAGGACCGAAAGAACAAACUCCAGAGAUGCCUCCAACUCAAAAAAUUGCAAAAGAAGAGCUUCCUCAAGAUGAAAUACCUCAAGUCGCUGCCGAAGAACCGAAGCCAGAACCGAAAGAACAAACUCCAGAGAUGCCUCCAACUCAACAAAUUGCAAAUGAAGAGCUCCAUCAAGAAGAGAUAACUCAAGCCCCUGCCGAAGAAGCAAAGCCAGAACCGAAAGAACAGGAUCGAGAACCAGAAAUCGGACCACCAGAAACUCCUGAUCUAGAUCAACCAGCCGCACCAGAAAUUGAAGAUCACGACGGAACAGAGGAAGCGCAUGAAGUUGUGUCCGAUGUCAAAGAGGAGGAAGUGGAAGCAGAUGAAGAAGAAUCACCGAAGGCAAAGCCGAAGAAAAGCGUCUGUGACCGAUCAACUCAAACAGAGAAGUGGCCCUCGCAAAAGCCUCCAUUGAGUCCUAGUUUCUUGACAGGAUCGUUCCUCGUCUCUCUUAUAGUGCUCGUAAUUCAAUUGCUUAGAAACAAAAAGAAACGAUAACUCCAUACUUAGAAAACUGGAUUACGACAAUAGGAAAUAGUGCUUCAGAAGAAUAAACUAGACUACGUGCGACAUAAGUUGUCAACAGUUGGAUAGGCAUCUGAGGUUAUAUCUAAGAUCCGAAUCCACCCGUUGACAAAUCAAUAGCAUAAUUAGCUUCAUGUAAUGUUCUCUUUCUUAGACUAUUUCCCAAAUUAUAUUUCUGAUUAACUGUUAACAUAUCAAACUGAUUGCUGAAAACCAAGCCAACUUGGCUGACAUAUUAAUAUGAAAACCAGAUCAGCCAUUAGCAAUGCUGAUCAGUGCCAUCAAGGUUGUGUUUGGUAUGCA